AUGUCGACGAUUCACCCGCCAUCGAAGACAGUGUCGGCGACUGAGCAUUUCCGCCCAGUAGAUUAUUUGGUCUUCACGGCCAUGUUGGUCAUCUCCGCGUUCAUCGGCAUGUACUACGCCUACAAGGGAGUCCACAAAUCCCACAAGGACUACCUGAUGGGCGGCCGCCAGCUCACCUGUGUGCCCGUGGCGCUCUCCCUGACGGCCAGCUUCAUGUCGGCGGUGACGGUGCUGGGCACCCCAGCCGAGGUCUAUCGCUAUGGGGCCAUGUUCGGUCUCUUUGCGAUCUCCUACGUCCUGAUGGUGGUUAUCACGGCUGAAGUCUACCUGCCCAUCUACUACCGGCUGCAGCUCACCAGCGCCUACGAGUAUUUGGAGCUUCGGUUUAAUAGAUUCGUGCGUCUGACAGGAACAAUGAUGUUUAUGAUACUAACGAUAUUAUAUACAGGAAUUGUUAUAUAUACUCCAUCCCUGGCUCUUAAUCAAGUUACAGGAUUUGAUUUGUGGGGAUCUGUUAUUGCAACAGGACUAGUCUGUACUUUCUAUUGCACACUGGGUGGUCUAAAGGCAGUAGUCUGGACAGAUGUUUUCCAGUUUACACUGAUGAUAGCUGGGUUUCUAACAGUGAUUAUACGGACUGCGAUAAUUAAAGGAGGAGUCGGAAAUGUUCUAAAUGAUGCCCACGAAGGAGGAAGACUGAGGAUAUGGGACUUUAACCCAAGUCCUAUGCAAAGACAUACUUUCUGGACACUCAUUGUUGGUGGUACUUUCACUUGGCUUGGCAUAUAUGGAGUCAAUCAGUCUCAAGUUCAACGAUACCUUGCUUGCAAAACAAAAGUUCAUGCAAAACUUGCUCUCUACUUAAACCUUGUGGGUCUCUGGAUAGUUAUCUCUUCUGCAGUGAUGAGUGGACUCUCAAUGUACUCUGUAUAUAAGGAUUGCGACCCGAUGACUAUGGGGCUUGUGAAGAGACCAGAUCAGCUCAUGCCAUACUUGGUAUUGGACAUUUUGGGAGAUUUUCCAGGAGUUCCAGGACUCUUUGUGGCUGGGACCUAUAGUGGGACGUUAAGUACAGUGUCUUCCAGCAUCAAUGCAUUAGCUGCUGUAACUGUGGAGGACAUUGUCAAACCUCAUUUCAGAGCACUGACUGAUGCCCAGUUAGCAUGGACAUCCGUGGCAAUGAAUUCUCUACCCUUCACCUUUCCAGUUUAUGGAUAUAUUCUGUUUGGUGCGGUAUGCCUUAUCAUGGCUGGACUAGCAUCUUUUAUGGGCGGCCUGCUGCAGGCUGCACUCAGCAUUUUUGGAAUAGUAGGUGGACCUCUCUUUGGAUUAUUCUCUUUGGGUAUCCUUUUUCCUUUUGGGAAUGCUAAAGGUGCAGUUUCAGGUCUUAUUAGUGGCUUUAUUGUAGGACUGUGGCUUGGAGUUGGCUCCCACUUUUACCGUCCACCUCCUCACAGAACUAUGGAACUAGCCUAUUCAACUGCAGGGUGUGUAGAAUUCAACUUGACAACAACUACACAAUUUACUACUCUUCUAACGACUCCAACACCUUCAAGAACUCACAUUCAUGAUAAUUGGUACUCCAUGUCCUAUCUAUACUUCAGCACGAUGGCAUCACUGUUCACAGUCGUUGUGGGAGUAAUUGUGAGCUUAUCAACAGGAGGAUUAAAUCAAGAGGUGGACCCUAGACUUUUAUUUGGCAAAGAGGAGCUGAUGUCCAACUAUAUGUACUUGAAAGCUAAGUUUGGAGCACCAGUUGAAAAGAUUCAUCCAACAGAGGAGGAAAGUCCUGAAUAAGGUUGGUUGAACCAGCGAUCCAGAUUCAUUGCUGUAGGAAGCAUUCUGCUACACUGCAUGUCAUCAAAAACUCGAGCAUUCCUAGAAACAACAUUUCUAAAUGAACUGCAUUGAAUGCUACCGUACAUGAUACUGAGAAACAUUUGCAUAUUUAAAAAAAAAACUGAAUAAGGGAAAUCUCCCCCCCCAAUAAAUAAAUUUUGAAACAGUCAGUUUGAUAAAUAUAUGUAGAUUGGAGAAAAUUGCCCCAUUUCACUAAUGCAUAAACAAGAGCUCAUCAAAAAGCAGCAAACUGAUAAAUUUUGGUAUAUAUAUUUGUAGCCAUCUCUUUAAUUGAUUGAGGAAUAUUAAAGAUGGUUUUGUUUAAAUGUUUGGCACAUCUGAACAGAA